GUGGUUGUCCCCAGGGGCCGGGCCAGGCAAGGAAUGCCCUACCCGGAGCAGAAACGAGAUUAGGCUGCGAGUUGGCGAUAGGGUGUCUCCUUAGGGGCGUGGCUUACGGGUCCUCGCUUUCCCGCCGACGGUUGGCCACGUCACGUGACAUGGGUUGGAAGAUGGCGUCUCCCACAGACGGGACAGAUCUGGAAGCAUCUUUGUUAAGUUUUGAAAAACUUGACCGUGCGUCACCAGAUCUCUGGCCAGAGCAAUUACCAGGUGUUGCCGAAUUUGCAGCUUCUUUCAAAAGUCCUAUUACUAGCUCCCCACCCAAAUGGAUGGCUGAAAUAGAACGUGAUGAUAUUGACAUGCUGAAAGAGCUGGGAAGCCUCACCACGGCUAAUUUGAUGGAGAAGGUACGAGGCCUACAGAACCUGGCCUAUCAGCUGGGGCUGGAUGAGUCCAGAGAGAUGACACGAGGGAAAUUCCUCAACAUUCUAGAGAAGCCCAAGAAGUAGCAGCAGCUGCUGGUGGACAGGAGGUCUAGGGGACUGGAACCGAACACCCUUCCUGUGCAGUGCGGAUGCCGCCCAGCUCACCGCUUCCUCCCAAGAGACCAGCAGGUGUGCCCUGGGACUGCCCCUGCCCCUGCCCCUGGCACUCUGCACCUCUGAGGACACUCGGCGACGCGAGAAGCAGUCUGCUCUCCCCAAGGAUCAUUGCAGUCACUCAGUAAGCUUCCACGCUUUAACUGUCUCAGCUUCGGAUAUUGGUAACAACAGAGGCCCCGUCGUCAAAGGCCCAAAGUCCUGCUUUCUUCUUUGCUGAAGUGAUUUGGGGCCCAGGAUCUUAGUGUUGGCUUGAUGACUCAGUGUUGGCCAAGUCAGUUGUGACAUGUCGCGUGGCUGGGUUCUGUUGAGUUGUACUUGAUUUCUUAGGAAGUAUUUAUGAUGCAAGAAUACCAGAGACCAACUGGAUUCUGGGCCACACUGUACAGACUGACUUGUGAACUCUCCAGUGUAUAUUAGGUUCCAAGAAUCUUCAUCUGGAGAAACCAGAAUCUAUUCAAAAUAUAAACCUGCUGUUUAAAUUCUACAUCUCUCAUAAUAGUCCCAUGCCCUGGUGUCUUCCAUUGUCCGCUGUCCAGAUAUACCUUCUAGCUCUUCUCCUAGCAAGGGGUUCUCUGAGUGCUGAGGCUCUCUUGGAACUAGCUUGUGUAGUGAAAGGCCCAGGCAAGUUGCAUUGUGCUCGAGACCUCAACAAUAUGCAGGUGACAGAAAGGACUUAUGAGUUCUAGUUCAUCUGUUACAGGUUCAAGUGAAAUGGCAUGAAAGAAGAGGAUGAUUUAUGGAGUGCCCAUUUGGUUAAAAAUUAGAAACCCUAACUGACCCCAAAGGAACCUGCUGAUUCCUACUGGGAGAUAGUGGCAAUGGUUUGUCCCCCUGUCCCUUCUUAUAGUACACUCAAAUAACA